GUUUGGUAGCAUCGUUGCUGUUUAAAGUUCCCGCCGUUAGAGAUCAAGGUAGCCGCUCUCCAUCCUUAUGAGUAUCUUUUGAACUUUCGUCAAGCAACGAACGACAGCGAAGAUUCGGAGCAGUUUACCAUCAACUCAUCCGGCCAGAAACGACUCUGUCAAGCAAACAAACGAGGAGGAAAAGGAGUGGCUUCGGGCCGUUGUUGCGCAGUGUCUCCUGGUCGGAAAGGGCGCUCGUCGUUGUUCCUUGAGAGCUGGGAUCAACUCCAGCAGCAACGGCAGCAGAAGCUAAGGAUUGAACUCUAAAUCUCGCAUAGAGCGCACUCGGCGGUCCUAGGAGAGAACGGUUGAGCUUCGGUCGUCGGAGCGACUGUGGCUACAAGCCGGGAUGGCAGCAACGACAGAACGCGCCCAGGCCACCCGAACCGGACCUGGCUCCCCAUUCGAAGGCCACGAAUCAGAUGAUGAUGACAUGAGGCUUACUAUCACCGAUACGGACUAUGGGACUGUCAGUAAUGAAGAGCCAGAACGUAGUCCAGCUGGAUGUUCCUCAGGACCAUCUACCAGGGCAGCAUCAGCAGCGCCGGCGCUUUCGAUAAAUCGCUGUCAUCUCUGCGGUGAAGCGGCCGCCUCCGCCCACGGCCUGUCGCUCCACCUACGCAGAGUGCACGAUGUUAUUUCGUGCACAAGUUCACAACUCAACCCAACUCAGCAUACUUGCAAGCAGUGCGGAAAAAGCCUUUCAUCAGCCAGCAGCCUCGAUCGUCACAUGCUUGUGCAUUCUGGCGAGCGUCCAUUCAAAUGUAAGAUCUGCGGGAUGGCUUUUACCACAAAUGGCAACAUGCAUCGUCACAUGCGCACGCAUAGCGGUGCUCCUUUGAUUGGGCCUCUUAUUAGCCAGUUGCACGUGCAUGGCCAAUUGUUACAGGUGCAUCCAUCUGUUCACGGCUCACCAACCUCUACUACUCAGCCUUCUCAUGGACAGCUUGCGCCCCAGGAUUUUCGCUGUCUAAUUUGUGGACGUCUUUUUUUGAGCAAAACAGCUUUGGAAAAGCAUGCACAUACGGCUCAUGAUGACGCCCCAGUAUCUUGUCCAAAGUGUUUCGCUCGCUGCGUCUCGUACUCUGGACUCAUCAAUGGCCUACACACAUGCAUCGAACAGACGGAGGGCUCCGAAAAUUUGAGCUUCGAAGAUCUUACUCAUGUCGACUUUUCCUGCAGUAAGUUUAGCCUCAUCUGCGCUGUAGAAUGUGACAGUCGACCCCGCCGUUGUCCUUCAAUCGCUGGUAAGCAUGAUUGUGAGCGAUGCGCCCGUUCAUUUCCAUCGAAGGAUGCCCUGGACAUCCACAAACAACGACACGACGAACGCCAGACGUUCUGCGUUGCCUGCCGAACUUCCUAUGUAUCAAGCGUUGAUCUACAGAAUCAUCAGGCAGAACUCCAUCGGGAGCUUGUUGACGACAAAGCGCGCUUGAUGGCAGCCUUGCACCUUCAUGCAACGAACACAACUCCACGACAUGAUCUAAGUGACGUCCAAACACUUCUUAGUUUAGCUAAUACAAUACCGGCUGUAAAGUCAACAUCUAGUGUCGGAGAGCCGACAUCAGAGAACUCGUGUGAUUCGUUCACGGAUUCGACUGUUCUGGGCUUUGGAGCGGGCGACACCGACGAUUCAACAUGCACCAUGUGUGGAACGGUAUUUAAGAACGUCCAAUUGCUCAAACGCCACCUGCAGAUACACGUAAAUGCGCCAUUCGCGUGUACGCUUUGCCCGUAUGUUAGCACUGAUAAGAGCACUCUAGUACGCCAUCUUCGAACGCACAACGGUGAACGGCCAUUUCAGUGUGCAAUAUGCAAAUAUGCCUUUACUACAAAGGCAAAUUGUGAACGGCAUGUACGUAAACGACACAACAAACAGACCAAGGCUGAAAUCCGGUCCGCUAUGCAAUACAAUCCGCAUAUGCAGAGCCAACGGUUAUCUCCCACUUUCUCGGCACACAGCGAUUCGGGAAGCACCGUAUGCAAAUAUUGCAAUAAGGACUUCAAAUUUAAUCGCGUUCUUCGACACCAUCUACGCUCCUUGAAUAAUUCAUGCAGUAGGAAACCUUUUUGUUGCAUCGUGUGCAAACUGGGCUUCUCUACAAAGAAUAAUUGUAUUCGUCAUGUGCUUAAGCAGCACCCAGAAUUUCAGCAUAAACUUUCUGAAGCGGUGAGCUCCAAGCCACUACCGAUGGACGAGGCUAGUGGUCAGGACCCUCCUGUACCAUUGACAUUCGACAACGACAGUGAUCUUGUUAACGAGCAAAACGAUAUUGAAGUCGAUGAUUUGGACGAUGAUCAUAACUCAGACCACAUUGUUCCACGUAUCGAGCAGCACAAAGGUCAAGCAAAGACGAUCCCAAAGCCCGAAGUAUUGAAACCGACCGCUGUGAUCCUCGGUCCGGUGAAUCAAGUUAUCGGAACGCUACAUAAAGUAACGAUGUCCCCAGCCGCUAUUGAUGUGGUCAAGUCCGUUACACCUGUCGUACUUACGACGGUGAAAACCGCUGAAGUCGAGGUCAAGAAAACUUUCGCGACACCAGAGGCCAAGGUCACUGUGAUUCCGGCAGCUCAUCAGAAGGUUAAGGAGCAACAUCCUGGCAAGAUCGAGCUGCCCCCUCCUCCACAAGACGAGCCGCUUGAUCUCGCCGUCCACGCUCUCGAUCUCAGUCGUAAGGACGAUGCCCAACGCCCGAAGCCCGUGCCCUGUACACCAAAGAAUAACUUCAUUGAUGCCAUUCUUACAGCGGCAAAGUACGUCCCUGAAACACCGACGACGUCCCCUGUAAAUGAAGUCGUUUUUCCAAAGGUCACGAAUGAGCCAGUUAGGAAAAAAAUAGGUGUUCCAUUCACAAAGACAUUCAUUCUCUCUGAGAAAACUCGAACAGCGUUAAAGAUUCUCGUGAAUGCUAAAAAAUCCGAUGAGCGCUUUGAUGAACAGGAGCAGCAAGAUUUGGCGUCAGUUUCGGCUUUGCUAAAUGCAGCGAACUCGCAUCUUAUGCUACAACAUAUGAUUGGGGAAAAUGAGAAAGAAAUGACGGCAGUGAAGGUUAGUCGAACGGACCCCGAGAUCACACCGAAAAAGGGUACCACUGAAAUGGCCGAACAUAAUAAUGGGAUCAUGUUUCCUGUGUCCAUCUUUCAGAGCCGUAAAGAUUCACCAAACUCCGUGUCGUGCAAAUAUUGCCGCCGAAAAUUUCCUUGGACAAGUUCUUUGCGCCGUCAUUUGCUAACUCAUACGGGACAGAAACCAUUUAAAUGUCCGCAUUGUCCGAUUUAUUUCACAACUAAAUCGAACUGUGAGCGCCACCUGUUGCGUAAGCACGACAAACUUGGCAAAGCUACCCGUGCACGGGGAAGCGUGCUAAUGGCCACUCGUGCAUCAACUUCUAACGGUAACAAGGUUGUGAACGUUCCAAGCCACCGAUUACGUGUACCUUGUCCAUGCUGUUCCAGAUCGUUCCGUAGCGAAGAUUCGCUUACGGAACAUCUUCGUCAGCGAGGGAAACCGUUUCGUUGUGUGAUAUGUUGUAAACUCUUCAAAGAGGCACAAGAAUGCGUUCAACAUGUCCGUCGCGUCCACGAUCUACAUGUCCUACACACAGUUUCUACUUCUGCCGAAGUCACCGAAGGUGACGGAGGUCCACGAUGCUUCGUGUGCCUUCAGCCUGUGGAGUCGGCUGUUCUACAGUCACACUUUCGGUCGGAGCACACCCUGGAUAGCGAUGACAACAAUAACAACAACAACAAUAGCAACAACAGCAGCAACAAUGGAAGCAAUGGUGGUAGAGUGUAUGAGCAUGACGUUAUAGAAAUGGGCCCUGGAGGCGCAGCUGAGCAAGAAGCCGUCAAGGCAUCCACAUAAGAGGCUCUACGGGGAUUGGAAGGAAUGAUCGUCUUUGCAUAGUAAACAUUCCCGAAAAAAACGAGAAUUAGGAAUGUAUGCAUUAACCUGUGGGUUAGUGGACCUGCGUGUGCAGGCGUCAGGCGGUUACUGUAUAGCAGAACGGAAACAGACUCUCUCCAGAUUACUUACGCGAAAAACGCAAAUUCUCCUCCAGGAAGAGUCACUAUAAUACUUCGAACGUUUGUAUUCGUCGCUAGUGAGGUGUGACGUAGAUGGAAAGGGGUAAGUUCACUUUUAUAGAAGAAUGCCGUUGACAGCCGAGGUGGCAAUAUGAGGAAACAAGAAGAGUGACCUGAUUGAUUUCUUACAAUGACUCGGUUCGAGUUAGAGCUGAGAGGGACCAUACGAAAAAGCUGUUACUGACGCCGCGUCCUGACACCGCGUCCUGACACCUGGCUCUUUUCGGCGAAGCUAUAAUUUUUUGUGUCGCGUGCUACAGCAUAGCCUUAAAGUAGCACAACCCGUGAUAUUUUCUAGUUUUUUAGGACCUAUUUGUCUGUAAAUAUGUCGAUACAACGAUGAUCACCAGUUCACAUAGACAUAAAAACUCGUGAACAGACAAGUUAAUGUCGUCGAAUUUAGGCAGAAUUCGGCAAACCUGGUAGUAAGGCAAACACUUACGAAGUAUGUUUUUUUGCCAAAAUUUCGGAUUGCCAGAUAGCCGGAAAUGCCUGGUACUCAGAUAGAACAAUGAUGAUUCCUAGUCGAAAAGAGGUUUCUAUUAAAACUCAGUCACUGUGUUACACUUUAUUAUAUUAGCUGUGUCAACUUCACAAUGUCUAGACUUUAUUUUUAUUUUUCAAAAGCAUAAUACUGUUAUCACCUAAACCAGUCUAUUUCUAGGACCAGAAUCAAACAGCUCGUAUGUCUGAGAUUAAGUCAGAUCGAGACUUCCUUAGCUAUACUAUUCAAUGCGGUCCCCUUCGAGUACGCUAAACGGAACUCUUUUCCAUAACUAAAUCCAAAUAUUUUUUUACUACCAGUUGUUCCACCUGCGCGUAUAAAUUGCAGGUAGUGGACAUCUCUUGAAAGGUCUUUUACGGGUACGUAUUGCAUAACGAUCUAACCGUCAGUGAAUGAAUUAAUUAAUGAAAAAGUACUUUGGACUGGCACGAAACGGCUAUUGUUAGUAUUACUGAUGGUAGCGGCUGGUGACAAUUGAUGACUUUCAUCACAAAGUUUGCGUCAUUGAUUUACUAGUUAUCACGUAUGAUGCGUGACAAUGCAACAACAAUCAUACACGUACACACAAACACAUACACGCACACAAAUAUGAUAAGGUCUACGUGCGCUCUCGUUUUCGAAACAUCAAGGUAAAUGGCCUCUCAUAGUAGCGAGUUUGAAUCAUGGUUUUCUUGCCGAAUCCUGAAACGAUUCAUAAUUAUCUCGGUCAAAGCUAGUUACGAACCUCUACAAACGUUAACUGCGCGUUUCGCGGUGUAUAUUGUCUCCCUGUCAACGAUUGGGCGUGUUUAUUUCAAUCGAUAUCUUCGAAAAACUUUCGAUGUAUGAACCACGUCCUGGGUUGUGGAAAUCUUUGCAUUUAUUAUGAAAAGUAUGGUUAUGGUUUCCCGAACAUUUAAAGCUGUGCAUCACUUAAUUAUGUUAGCACCAUAUAAAUAUAUAAAUUGCAUUUGUUUUUUUCGAACUUGUAGUUGGCCUUUUUUCGUGUUUCACCGUUUCCUAUUGUGGUAGUACAUGACGAGGUAGCAAAUCAUUCUCUGAACCGAAAGAUAUCAUUUCUGCUUAACUGUAACUGAGGUUUGAGCACAGACGCUAAACAUCUCAGUUUGCUAUGAAAUCGUAAAGAAAGAGUCACUUCUCACAUUUAUAUCGUGUAAUUCGUAAAAAAGUGUACGCUUCUCGACCUUGUGCUUAUCAAUGGAAAAACACAUUAAGCCGUUUACGCUUCAUUUUUCGCUAAUGUAGGAAAAAAAUAAAGUCAAUACAUAAUGUAUGCGUUGUGUUUGGCUAUUCCUUGUAUUCAUCAACGAUUAUUGCGGCCGUCACAUCGAUUUUGAGUAGUCUAGAAGGUUGAUAAACUCAAAUUUUCCCGCCAUAGAACUCCUCUGUUCACCUUGAAGUUCUGUUAAAUACGAAGCAGCUAUUCAGGAUCUGUGAGUUCGACACGCCCGCUGUGAAGCUCUUAGCUAUUUCUACGAUCGAUUGCCGGAGCUAAGACAUGAAUUAAAAUCCUGAACUACAUCUAUUUUCGAAAGUUACUUUAUGAUUAUGCCUUUAUACAUUUCAGCAAAACGAACAAUCGAUGCGAUACAAAAAAGCCGCACCAUAUCUAUAUAAUCAUAUUAUCUAUAUAUAUAUAAUAUAUAAAUCAUGAAUAUAUUAUUUUGUGACUAUUCCAUGAACCUCAGCGGAUGUUAGCAUAUACAAGCAAAACAGAUUCACGCCGAACCCCUAUACUACCGAUGAUUGGAAUCGGUCGAACACUGUUCGAUAUUAAGUGUUAUGUUGAUAAAAAGUACAGAAUAAUACCAUUCAAUCAUAAAAAUAUCUGAAAUUAUGGCUUUUGUUAUGUUUCUACCUUCGAUAGUAUAAAUGUAUAGACAGCGUCACUCGAUGUUGGCAUCACGCGCUGUGCCUUACUCAAUCAGCGGACCGGUCGGGUACCCCCUAUGCACCAUCCGCUUGAGUGCCUUACCUGCGUGUGUACGACUAGAAAGUCUUCGAAAUGCUCGCCAGGGCAAAUGAACUAAAUGAUCAAUAAAUUACGGAGUAAGCAAAGAGCUGUCAGACUCUUAAGGUAAUAGGGUAAGACCUCUUAAGACCUUAAGGUAAUAGGGUAGUUAUUGCUGUGAUGUGAUUGUACGUGGUAGUGUCGCAAUGACGGCGAACGGCUAGACUAGCGUCCGAAACGUUUACCGGUACAGCGCCUAAACCAUAGGUGCUUCUAUAUUUCCGAGCUUCCGAGGUGUUCUAUCGGAUGGUUGGCUCCCGGCUCCAGAUUUAGAUUAACUAGCGGGCAAACGCGUCACCCACCAAGCUAUGACGGGGUCAAACCAUAUGUGCCUCAAUGCCUGAAACUUCCUAUUCGCUGGUAAAUGUUAUUGCUUGCAUUGGCACAAUUAGCUUGUCAACCUUUACCACUGUGUUAAUGUAUCGAUUCAAAAUAUCUUCCCUAUAAGACUCGCCCUGUCGGGAAAGAGAAGUGACCAGACACAGACAAAGUAACGUCCUUUUUCUUUCAUUUGGCCUAUUUUCUAACGCUAUUCAAUGAAAUGAUACCAACAGCAUAAAUUACGAAUGUCCGAAUUACGACAAUCAGUCAAAAGCCAGCUUCGCAUAUACGUUAUAGGCGCGGAAGAUGUGUAAGUUUAAAAAUAUCUCCCCUCCCACGUGCUUUUGUCGAGGAUCUUGUUUGCCUUCCAUGCAAGGGGCAUAUCUUAGUGGGGAGUGCCGAUAGCAUUCUUUCAGGACGUGCCGUAAAAUUACUACCUAUCAAUAUUCUAAUCAGUAUCAUUGUCCCUACGUAAAUAAUACACCCUCACACACAUGGCGUGCCCGAUAAACGCACAGGGAUUUGACCGUAUAUAUAUAUAUAUAUAUAUAUACUUAGAAAUAAAUGAACAAGGAUUUAGUUAUAAUGAAAUGCCGAUUUACGAAUACCAUACGCUCAUCAUGUGUGCAUUAUUACGAAACAUUAGGGAAUAGAACGAGUAACAGAGGAAAUGUCGCCGAAGCGCAUCGAACAAAUCACCUCUUUCGUAGUAUAAAUUCAAUGAGAACAUUUAUCCCACCAUGAUUAUUAACCAACGUCAGGAUUCAUUGAAAAAUGUGUAUAAGGAUUAGGUACGAAUGCUUGCCAAUAUCAAAAUAGGCAUCACUAUAACGUACUUCUUUAAAUCGGACAUUUUCCAAAUCAAAAGAAGCACUUCGUAAAGCAGAACAGCCCUGCUGAACUAAGCAGAUCUAGUAGGGUCUCUAAUUGGUCCUAAAACGUUUGAGAAGCAGAAGAGAGGCAAAAAAAAAUUACUUAAGAAGUGUCAAAUAUGGUUUAGAAGUAUCCGUUUUAUAUAGA